AUGGCCCUUUAUGAGCAAAUAACAAUUGCAGCUCUCGAUGUUGAAGAUUUCGAACUAGCACAAGACGAGGCACAAACGGUGUAUGAUAGCAUAUUGGAGAAGGAUGCAACUCAUUUGUUGGCUUCAAAACGUCAAAUUGUGCUCCUAAAGGAACGGAACAAGACGGAGGAAGCAAUUGCAGCCAUGACGGAAUACUUGGAUACCUACUACGAUGACCAUGAAGGAUGGAUUGAACUUUGCAACAUGGAGCUGAUCAUUCUCCAGCCUGCCAACCACAUCUGGUAUCUCAAGUACGCCGAGAUUGUCUACACACUGGGAAACUGGUCGUUGGCAAUGAAGCAUUAUUGCAAGGUGUUGGAGUUGUGUACGGAUAAUGUGCGGGCACUCUAUGGCCUGCAGCUGUGUGCAUCCAAACUGACGGGUGCAGAUCAUGGAGGAGACCUACAUGCCCUUGCCACAGAGCGGUUACUUGCUGUGUACUCUAAACAACCCGAGCACGUUCGCCAGUUGGUCCAAGAUUACCUUGCUAAAUGAUGAUAAAAAUAACCAGAAGCCAACAUAUAUAAAGG